AUUCAGCGCCACCUCGGCGAGGCUGACUCGGCAGCCUGAGACCCAUCGGAUGCUGCAGAUGUCUCGGGAGUAAAGCCGCUGGAAAAGCCGCACGAUACUUACUUCCCCGCGAAGCCCACCAUCGCGUUCACUUCCCGCCGGCCACACAGUAUCAACGAUGGAGCAUGCUGGCGUUGUAGCUGAGCCUGGUCCUCGGGACCUGCUGGAGCAAGACUUGGUCCUGGAUUUUGAUUCCAAUGUCGAAUUUGGGGCUGAACGGCUCGAUUUCGGGCAAGGCGGACAGCACAAUGAACUCCAACACGGCCUCACCGGAGACUUUGCCGACGAUGCUUCUGCUCCCAAUCCCGACCCCAAGCUUGGCUCUGGAGAUGAAGAGGCACGCACCGUAGUUGCCGGUGACGGACAUGCCCAACCGACCGAGACUUCGGAAGAUGUUGGCAGUAACGUCGAGACCGAAGCGGAAUACCAAGACGAAAUUGGAUACGAGGACGAUGACUUUGUAGCCACGGACGUCAAUGACGACUUCGGCGCACCAGAGGCUGGUGAACCCCAGGUCGGGUUGCCAGAUGUCCUGCCCAAAGGCCAUCUGGAGUCGGCUCCGUUGACAAACGAUAGCCGGACCGAGACCUUGCCGCGCGACCAGGAUGCAUCCUGGGACCAAGAUAUUGACUUUGGAGAGCAGGGUGACGCCAAUGAUCAGAAUGAGCAUGGCGAAGGCGAGGAAGAGGAAGAGGAGGACGACGCUGCCGCUCAUCUGGAAGGCCACACCUUGUCUGUCGAUGAUGAGAUGGCCCACGCCGCCGCUGAUCGUCGUGAGAGCGACCUUGAAGAAGCGCUAGAAGAUCUGACGAGUUCCCUCGCCGAGGUGCCAGACAUAUCCGUUCUCAUGGACGACGAGUGCUUCUCUCUGUUUGGAACACCUGAUGACGACCCUGAUUCCUACUUUCUCUCUGAUGCCCAGGAGCUCGAUCGCCCGCUGUCGCAGUUUCUCUCUGCCAUUCGGGCCGUCAUGUCUGACGACAUCGCACCGACAGAUGAGUUGGUGCUCUGCGUCCAGCCUCUCGGCCUCGAGUUUGGGGAGCGGUCGAACGAGAGGUUUCUGAGGCGCACCUUCCGUGAAAUAUGGGAGUGCUAUACUACGCUACGCGAGGCAUCCGCCAUCACCGGGAAUAUGGUUAUUCACCUGACGGUGAGGCGAGACAGCGAGGAACAUUACCUUGAGUUGCUUGCCCAGGCGGAGGCUGCUGCCAAAGGCUCGUCUCCAGACGCAGAGGAUUCGGACGUGUCAGAGAACCUUGACGAUGAAUAUGAGGUCAGCGGCCAGGAGCAUGGCGAGACGGAAUAUGAGACGUUUGAGGAUGAAUACGCGAGUGAACAUCGCGGAGAGGGCGAGCAUGUGGGCGGCGCCACCGUCCACGACCGUAAUCCCGCACAUGAUGUUCAGGAUAGGAACGAGCCCGAGCUCGGUUUUGACCACCAGGACGGUAUGGCAGAAGCACGAGUGCAGGACGCUCAGGGUGGCAUCACACAAUCACACUCUCCAAAGGAUCACACGGUGGAAUUUGGUGGCGAGGAUGGCUCGGGGUAUGUCUCUGAGGCUCAUGCGGAUAGCCCCGGAUAUGCCGAAGACGAAGAUGAAGCGGAUGAGGCGCAAGCCUGGGACGUACAGGGGACAGAGGGCGAUGCAACAGUUUCGCACCACUCCGACGUGGUCUCUGCGGACGCUCAUCAACCGACUUCUCAACAAGGUGACGAGGAGUCUACCGAGGCCCCUGAUUACAUUGAAGCUCACGGAGUCACUGCGCCUGGGAACGGCGAGUCUGAACAGGACGCACCCUCAAACGGUAAAUCCCCAUGUUCCCUUUUCACAGGACCCUCUGUUCCUUUGCCGCUCAACUUGCCGGUCACUGUUCCCCUUGAUCAUCUUGACCAUGGGGCGCCCGUCGGUUGCCCCUGUGGUGAGGGACUUCCGGUGUCGCUUGCUGAACGCGAGACGAGUCACGAGACGAACCAUGAGCUGCUGUGCGCUCCUCAGUGGGCUGCCGCGAAGCCAUCGAGUUCCGUCCCUGCGUCUCACCCGGAGGAGCUCUGGGAGAUCGAUUAUUCAGAUGACGAACUUGAACCGCUUUCUGGAGAGACCCUGGAACAUGUGGCGCCAUCGGCUUUGGGGUCUCGCGCACAGGAUGCAGUUUCGUUCAGAUUCUGGAUGAAUUCAAGGAUCUCUCCAACUGUCCUGAACGAGCCUUUAUCCCCCAGCAAAACUUCCGGACCCCAAAACGCCAGCAUAGCCUGUUCAUGGAACACAAAAGCUAACAGAUAUGAUGCUGAAGAUGACGACCUCGUCCUCGUGUUUGAUGACGAGCCGGGCUCAACCACGAUUGCCGAAAAUACGGAUGACAAGCCCAACACACCCUAUGAUGCCCCGGCGGACGUCGCCGACGAUGUCCUGGAAGCCUCACAUGAGAGGCGUGGCGCUGAGAUCACCGUCGACUCCACGAGUGUGAAUUUCCAGGAUGAAGACCAUCUAGCCGCAGCCGUGGAGACGGCAUCCGUUCACACAAGCACGACCGUCAACGGCAAUCCUAUCGGCUACGAUGAGCAUAUUGGCGCAGACGACUCGUCCACCCCAGCAAACGAGGGCAUGGAGCAACCAGCGGCGAGCGUUGACAUCCAAGGUGACGAAAUCGACUGGGAGAACGACGAGGAUGAGGACGAGCAGCAGUCAACAAGCGACCACGAGGGCGCCGAGUUGGAAGAGUCCAACGAGACUGCUCCGAGUCCACCAAGCGUCGCCGGCAAACGCAGCAGGACUGACGAAGCAGAGAGCCUUGCCGAUGAGACCGACUACAAGCGUCGUCGGACUUGAACGGCGGGCUCUUCGUAGCGCCCCUUUUAUCAUUCCGCCCUUGCUUCCGGCGUGGUUGUAGUUCAACCGCACAUCGCAUUCCCCCCACGAAACCCCGAAGCCCCGAACUCCCGGGACGCCCCCUUUGACCCCUUUCCCUCUUUGCGCCUAUUCUGGCAGGUAAUUCCCCACGAACGACAACGCACGGCAACA